AUGAAGCAAAAGGCGAGAUGGGGUCUCUUCGCUGUGUGAACUGUCUUCUCUUUUUCGUCUCAACUGUACUUUUAGCAGAUGUUCACAGUGUAGAACAAGGUAAGAUUUUUCUAUCAUGGGGAUUGCAGUUUCACGCAAUACUCCUUUUGAUGGAAAGAUCAGACACUGAAAUUUGUUUCUGGUUCUUGACAGGAACAGAUGAGCUGAGACUUCUCGCUAUAACUGUAGCAACGGACGAAACAGAUGGCUAUAAAAGAUUCAUGAGAUCUGCUAAAGUUAACAACAUCGAUGUGAAGGUAUUCUUAAAUUAUUCAUGCGUCUUUCCAUUUUGUGGUCUUCUGGGUGAACGACAUCAUAACCAAGUCAUACAAAUUCCCUCUUUUCUCCCUACUGCUUUGAAAAUGUGCGUGAGGAGCUGACACCUUUGUUACUGUUUUGACAACAUCAAUCCUUGACUUGUUGGAAUUUAUUAUUUCCAUUUUUCAAAUGGCAUUUGGUAUAGAGCCUUAUGAACUGUGUUUUACUUCGUUGAUCUUCUUUGAUCGCUGUAUUUUAAGACAAAUUCGUGACAGUGCAUAAAUCUUCAACGUGCAAAUUUCACACGUGUUACUGUUAUGCUUCAGCAUCGUAGGUGUAAAUAUUCAUUUGAUUCUCUGAAACAGAGGGUGAUAUAACUGCCUCAAAUCCCUUUGAUUUUGUGGGUAAAAAAUGAUUAGCGAACCUUGCUCGGAAUUUUUUCGAAAGUUGUCACUUCCAUGAAUCACACUCACGCUGAUAGCCUAAUGUUUUUAUUAUAUUCGAUUCUUUCAUAUCUUGGCCGGUCACUUGCGGAAGUAGGACAUAAAAAAUGUCUCCAUGUCAGAACAGUUUUUUAAUUUUUUUCCACAAAAUCUAACAAAAACCUGUCGCACAUAAAGAUCCUAAAGUCGACGGCCGACUUCGCGUUUAUAUUUUGUAGACGUCCACGUCGACAGGGAAAAACCGAUCAAAUUUCAUGUUAUGAAAGAGCCCUUGAUCUUUUGAAAAAUUCAGCGUUGUUUGAAUGAAUAGUCUGUUGUGUAAAGUUUACGUGAGAAUUCGCACGUUCCUGGCCAAUUUUUGAUUUGAUGGUAUUUGGGUUUUGCCGAGAAUUAUCUGAUUAUAUUAUUAUAUUAAACGAAUAAAUUUGAGUGAGACACUAUCAUUUUUCCCAAAUGAAGGUCAAUUAACUUAUAUGUAAAUACUACUGGAGCAGCAUGUUAUUUGAAUUGGUGCCUUGCUCAAAAUAUUAAUGUCAAGUCAGUAAUAUCAAGGUAUCUCCCUAAUUUCUAAAUUUUUUUCUAUUCUUUCUGCUGUUAUUUGGCAGUUUUAUAGGGAUAUCUUUGAUAUGUUAAGGAGGCAGUUGGUGAUUAGUGCUCUGAAUUAUGAAUCAACUAUUUAGGUUUUAGGCAGGGUCAGAACAGUGCAGUGCCACACGCUCAAGAUUUUCCAAAAUCAUCAUUUGGAGACCAUAACUCAGAAAAUGGCUGCCUAAAAAAAAAUUCAGUUAGCAGUGGCUGGCAACCAUUUUUUAGGGCUCACACAAGUUCUCAAGACUCAACACUCACAACUAAGGAGAAAGAGGCAACAAUAGAGCAUUAAUAGUAAUCUUUGCACAUGUUUAUCUCAAUUUACCCCCCUAACAUUAGGUAUGCAUUUUCUCCAUACUGUUCUUUAAACAUUUCCAAAGGUGCUGAUAGGGAGAAUUUGUGUACCGAUUAAUGCUUCUUUUGUUGGUGAUCAUUUCCUUUAUUCUCAUGACAUUAAUGUAUGAUUCUGUGGUGAUAUUGUAGGGAGAAAUUAGAUGCUAAUCACUCCUAGUGUUUAAAGGGUUAAGAUAUAGUGAAAAAUGAAAACAAAAUGUAAAACGAGACACAAAAAAGAAAUGGAGAAUAAAAAAUGACAGAAAUCCUUCAGAAUAUUGAAAUCUCUAACACUGUGUGUAUUUCAGCUGUGAUACCAGUGUGCAAUAAUUAUCAUUUUGAUGAUGAAUUUUAUAUUUGGUACCAAGACAUAGUGUAUGUGUUUGUUGAAAGGUCCUUGGGAUGGGAGAAGAAUGGCGAGGUGGAGAUGUGAAGAAUUAUCCAGGAGGAGGGCAUAAAAUAAACAUUCUAAAGAAGGAGACAGAACUUUACAAGAAUGACAGUAAUUUAGUUCUUAUGUUUGUGGAUAGGUGAGUCAUUGCCGAAAAUGUUUUUAUUUGUAAAUAUCAGCAAACCAAAAAUACUUCAUGUAGCACUUAAGAAAUCCUUCAAUGUAGUUUGUUUGUUUACUAUAGUUUUACUAUGUUGCUUUUCACAUUGAAAGUCAAUUUGACUGUUGUUUUAACAUUAUUUUUUUUUAUUAUUUUCACAGUUAUGAUGUGAUUUUACUUGCCAAACCUGAAGAAUUCUUGAAGAAGUUUCUGGACUUUAAAGCUAACAUGGUCUUUUCUGCCGAAGGAUUCUGCUGGCCAGACAGAUGGCUCAAAGUAAUUUCUAUUUUUUAUAAUCUUAGCAAUGCACAUACAAUGCAUGCACACUGCACAUAGUGGUAUCUCUCAUUUUAUUUCUUUGCUUGUCCUUUCAUCCUCUUUUCCUUUCAUCAAGUAUAUUGAAAAUGUCAUAGUGCCACCCUUCUCCACUUUGGUGAUUCAAGCUUAAAAACCCAAAAAAACAAAAUGAACAUAUGAAAUGAAAUGCUGGGCUCUUAACUGUGUUGCCCUUUUUCAGAAGUGCCUCAUCCAUCUUUUUCUCAUUUUUUAUUCUUUUUUUAAUCCUGAUUUCCCUCAUCUUUCUUUCUCAGUUGUUCUUUACUUCUCCUCUUCUAAUUGUCUUUUUCUCCCUCAAUGUUGCUUUUAUCUUUUCUGUCCAUUUCCCUUUUGUUCUUUACUUCUCCUCUUCUUCUUUCCUUGUUCCCUCACUGUUACUGUUAUCUUUUCUGUCCAUUUCCCUUUUGUCCUUUACUUCUCUUCUUCUGUCCUUUUGUCCCUCACUGUUACUGUUAUCUUUUCUGUCCAUUUCCCUUUUGUUCUUUACUUCUCUUCUUCUUUCCUUGUUCCCUCACUGUUACUGUUAUCUUUUCUGUCCAUCUCCCUUUUGUUCUUUACUUCUCUUCUUCUGUCUUUUUGUCCCUCACUGUUACUGUUAUCUUUUCUGUCCAUCUCCCUUUUGUUCUUUACUUCUCUUCUUCUGUCCUUUUGUCCCUCACUGUUGCUGUUAUCUUUUCUGUUCAUGUCCGUUUUUUUCCCUUUUCAUUACUCUCUCUCACUUUGACCUUGAAUUCAUCUGUAAACAUCACAUGUAUUAGAUAUAUAUACAGUAUAUGUAUUUUUUUUUUACAUUAAGAGAAAUAUAACUAUAUGGAGUUGCUCUUUAAUGGCGAGUGUGGCUUUUUUUUUUUUUUUUUUUUGUAGGACCAAUACCCUGAGGUUAUUCAUGGAAAGAAAUAUCUUUGUUCGGGAGGUAUAAUAAUACUGUUUUGAAGUCAGUUCUACUCCAAUUUUACCAGAUCUAGUGAAUUCCUUUCCCUUGGAGGGGCAACUGUCCUCCUUUUAAUAAGAAUUCAAUCAAAAACUUUUUGUGCAAUUCUGUCUACAAGUACAUGUACCAUAAAUCCAUCUCCUACAUAUUAUUGUACUUAUCUAGAGAGAGAGAGAGAGAGAGAUAGAGAGAGAGAUACUUUAUUGACCACCAUUGCAGCCAUAGGCUGAAUUACGGGAUAUUUACAAAUACUGAUGUUUAAUUACUCACAUCCUUUGUUUACAGACCAUAUAAUUAUUUCAACCAGUUGUGUAAUCAAUAAUCAAUUGUGUGGUCUUGAGUUUCCUACCACAAUUUACAUGUAGCAUAUAUUUUUGUAUUAUAGGUUUUAUUGGCUAUGCACCAAUAUUCCACCAGGUUGUAACUGAUCAUGUCAUUGAGGAUGUAGAAGAUGAUCAACUGUAUUAUACCAAGAUAUUUCUGGACAAGCAGAAAAGAGUGAGUGGAUUUAUUUCAUUUUCUAUACCAAGAAGGAUGGCUGCUUGAAUAUUUGUUAUAAUCUUUACAGAGUUCAAAUCUGGUAUUAUGAGGGAGGAGGUUACUCAUACACCAACCUUUUAAUAUGGGAUGCUCUAAUUCAUACUUACAUAGAGAUGAUUUUCUUUUCAUGUAUUGUUACCUGAACUCUCUUACCGUCCACUGGUUAAAAUGUAACAGACAAUGCUGCAUGGUGUGCUAAUCAAGGCCAAUUGAAAUUCCCCAAGAUGGAUGCUAUAUUGCUGAUUUAAAAUUUUGUUUAAUAGGAGGGAAACACCUAUUAGAAGGAGGGUGCUUAACUGUGAGGGAGAGGGUGCUUAUUUAAAAACUACGUGUACUAACCUGCACUGAUUCUGCUGUAAUUGAAGCUGAAAAAGAUAAAAAUAAAAGUGGUAAUGGAAACAGGUUUUCAUUUUAUCCUUGUUAUUAAACUGAGGGAGGAGGGGGAGGUGAUUAUUCAGGAGGGGCACUUGUUUGAUAUUGUGGCCCAAGGGGAGGGCGCUUUUUAGAGGGUGAGUACUAACACUAAGUAUUAAAGGAAAUACAGUAAUUACUGACUCUGCUCCUCUAAGGGUGAGUGUUAUCUUGUUUUGCAGGAUCAGUUGAAACUGAGGCUAGAUAAUAAAGCAGAGAUCUUCAUGAAUUUGAAUGGAGCAGAAGGUGCACAAUUAUUUACUAUAAUUCUUGUUAAUCUAUGGUGCUUUAAUUUAUUUAAUUUCACUUUUAUUCUUUGAAUGAAUGUUGCACACAAAGUUUUUUCCUUUUUCGGUCAAGAACUCAAAUACUAUGAUCAUAAAUCUCUGGAACAGUAUAUGAAUAUUUCAUCUAGAAAUAGUAAUUAGAGGACCUUUGAUAUUCUAAAAAGUUUUGUUCUCAAGAAGUAUUAGCAGGGGCUUUAACCCUUUAACUCCCAGAGGUGAUUAACAUGUUACUUCUUCCUAUAAUAUUCGAACAUUAUCCACCAAAUAGGUAAUGAGAAUACUCAAACUCAUCAGGAAGGAAACAUAUAGCAGCUAGAGGGGAGAAUUAACAAUCAGAUCUUGGGAGUCAAAGGGGGAAGACUCAUUCCUCCAAGCUCUGUGGUGCCCAGCCCCCUAAUUAAAAGCUUUUACAAAAAUGGAGUUAGAACUUUACAUGUACAUGGAUGCUAGUUGCCCAUCUGGUGCACCUGGGCUCUGGAACUCAGGACUCCUUGGUUUGUCAAAUCAGCAUUAAAAAUAAUGUUCAUUUGUCUUUACUUGUCAGAGGAAGUAGAAAUCAAGUUCAGUGAUGACAAGGCAUGGUUGGUGAACAAGGAAUAUGGAACAGAACCACUGGUUGCCCAUGGCAAUGGUCCCAGUAAGGUACUUGCCAAACUUUUGUCUGAUCAGCAGUUGAGGAUAAAAUACUCACUCUUAUUUUGCCAAUAAAGAUCAACUAGCACAGACAAAAAUUACUAAAAACACUUGCUUUCAUAUGGCUUUGGUACUGACAUUCACUUUGGCUGAUAUUAAAAGACCAAUAUCACUACUCUUAUGUCCCUCUUUAACUUAUAACAUAUGGUGAAAGGUCAGGUACCAGUUAUAAGACAGGUUUUACUGGUAUACACCACAUACAUGUAUAGUUAGUAUGUAUAGAGUCAGACUGAGUCAUGAAUUUUUUUUGUAUUUCAGUUGUUUCUAAAUUAUCUAGAUAACUACCUGCCUGAUAAAUGGAAUUUCAAGGAUGAAUGCACUGCAUGCUCUGAGGAUAGAAUAUCUUUAGACAGUCUCAAGGUAUGUUUACCUUGUUUAGCAGCCUUGAAAGCUUCCUAGAUACUUGAAUAUAUUGUGUGGAGUAUUGCUUUUUCGUCUUCAAGCAACUACUGCAAUCGUGCAAAUUAAAGUACAUGGUUACCUUGUAAAUAUUCCUUUCUCCUCCUUAUUCUCCUCCCCCCCUUCAUCCACACAAAUAGUUUAAAAGUAAAUUAUUGUUAUUCUGCUGCAAAUACCAUUGACCCCAUCUGGCCAAAUGUUAGAAUACUCCCUUUAUACAUUUAUUUUAAAAUUUUUCUCUGUUUCGACAUACAUUGUACCAGUGCGUGAUUUUCCAUUAAGCAUAAACCUGUAGAUGGAAUACCUACCAUGUCACUGUAAAUUGAUGUGUAUCAUAUAUACAUGUACUUUUAUCACAUGGCUCAUGGAGCCCAACUCACCCACUCUUAUAGAGAAUCAUAGUAAAAGGUGUAGUGUGGGGCCAGACAGGUUGAUGUGAGUCAGCCUAGAAAAAGUUAUCUGGUGAUGCAUUCAUACAGGAAAAAUCAUUUUCAAAACAAGUUCCCUCUAGUAGCAAUUGUGAGUUUCUUGUUCAGAGAAAAGGAGGUAAGGUUGUUUUUUUGUAGGAUGUGUUUGUAGUUUUCCAGUGGUAAUUUUGUAGGUAAUCACUCCCUUUUUGGUUCAAACAAAACCUCAAAAUUUUAAUGACUUAUCAUGUAAGGCAGGAAUAGCAAAGCAGACCAAAAAGCGUAGCGCACACAGCCAACUGGUUAAACAGGUCUUUUUUUAUGGUACAAAAUAACCAUACAACAUUGCAGGGUAUUUGUACUCUAUUUGUGCAUUAUCUGUACUGUACUUUGCGCAGUUGGAUAAUAAGUACAUUUAUUAUCCAUCUGCACUAAGAAGAAUACAAAUUGUGGGAAUCACAAUGGUUAUUUAAUUUUGUAGUGUAAAAAAACCUGUUUAACUAGUCAGCUGUGUGAGCUUCACUUUGCUAUCUGCUUAGUUUUACCUACAUUAUAAGAAAUGUGGCUAAAAUAUAGCACAUACAAUAAAUAACUUGUUAGACAUUUUGGUGAGUAGUGUUGCUGAGUAUUUCUACUUGUGGUUUUUAUUUUGACUCACCCUACAGGCUUGUAGAAAAUACAGCACAACUUUUAAAAGUAUUCACUAAUAUUACACACCAAAACGUCUAAUAAGAUAUAUCUACGUGUACAUACAUGUAAUUUACCUUUCGGAAAUAGUCUUACUCUAGUGACCUUUUGCCUCUAGUACUCAUACUGAGCACGUACUUGCAUGCUAUUACUUCUAGGAAGAGGAGUAUCCUAAAAUCCUGAUGGGCUUUUUUGUGGAGAAGCCAACACCUUUUAUACCAGAAUUUCUGAACAGAAUGAUGCAGCUAGAGUAUCCCAAGAAACACAUUGACCUAUUUAUUCACAAUACAGUAAGUGAGAUUUUGUGCUAUUAUUUGUUAUUUUUCUGAAAUUAUUUAUUUUAAUUAUUAUUACUUUGAUCCCUUCCCCCGACUGGAUGGCCCAGUUUGGGGGAAGCAAGAAGGGUUAUCAUUUAAAUUUAUUAUCCAAAUCAUCAUCAUCAUCAUCAUCAUAAUCUAAUUGUACAUCUAUUUUCUCCUUCUCCAUUCUUGAUAGUCAUCUUUGUCAUCAUUGUCAUCAUUGUCAUCAUUGUCAUCAUUGUCACCAUAAAAAUUAGUGUCUCACUUGUUUGUUUCAUUGUAUAUUUGAUGUAUUUGCUGCUAAGGUAACUGCAGGUAGUAUUUCUGGUCAUAAGUUAUACUGGUCUUACUUUACAUCUAGGUUCCAUAUCAUAAGUCACAAAUUGGAGAAUGGCUUACAGACAAGAUCAAAAAGCAGUUCAACUCGAUUACUGUGCUGCAACCUGAAGAUAAGGUGACUGAGUAUCAAGCCAGGAAUCAUGCCAUGUAUGUGUUAUUGCUUCCUUUUGCAAAGACAAAACAAAAACAUAUGUUGACUUCAUGUUGCUGAAGAAUAUUAGCCCUUACACUCCCAUGAGUGUCCCUCAGGAAGCAUUUCUCCAUACAGUAUCAAAGUAGUACCUCAUCAAGCAGAAAAGUGAUAGGAAUAAAAAAAUAUAUCACUAAGGGAAUUACUAGUUGAUCCAAUACAAAUGUUUCAACAUUGCAUCAUAAGAAUUUUUAUAGAAGAUAGUAAGGAAAAUUACUAUUGAGAUUUUGGGAGUCAAAGGUUGUAGUGAUAGAUAAAGGGAUACAUGUAAAUGCUUACAUUAGAUUCUCUUAACUAACAUUUUGGAAAGUGUUUGUCAACUGUUAUAGAGAAUUUUCACUUUAAUCUCUUAGUUGAAAUGUCUGAUUACAAGUUUCCUGUAAUUUUAUUCAAUCAGUGAGAUGUGUGAGGAAAAGAAGUGUGACUACCUGUUCACAGUGGAUGGCUCUGUUGUUCUUACUAACAAGAACACACUGAAGAUUCUCAUUGAGCAAAACCGGUCAGUUAAAAACAUAUGCUUAUCUUUUUUCUUUUGCAACAUCAACAAGGUCAAAUAAUUUAAUAAUCAAGCUAAUUUGCCUUGCUUUGGUUAUGUAAUGCCUUAAAUGUUGGUACGUACAGUCAACUCUCUCAUAAGCAGACAUCCUCAGGAAUUGGCAAAAGUGUCUGUUAGUAGAACUGUCAACUACAAGAAUUAUUCUUAUAAGUGAACACCAAAGAAAAAUAGGGUGUACAUGUACACGUCUGCUUAUGGUAACUUUUGCUUCUUUUGCUCUGUCAAAUGUCAUUUUUUUAUUUCCAGUUCAGUCAAAUUUUAUUGCCAUUAGUUAAUUUGCAAGCACUUUUUAAUUCUUUACCAAGGUCCUAAAAUUUGGAACUCUCCUCCUGUUUCAGUCACUGGUUUGUCAAAUGUUCUGAGCUUUAAGAGGAAAAUACAAGAGUCUUUACUUUUUAAAUAACACUGACUUGGCCAACUUGCAUCCAUUUUAAUUGAGCUAUUUCAUUUAUUUCUAAGGCCUGUUUUAGCUCCCAUUAUCUCGAGACAUGGCAAGCUAUGGUCAAACUUUUGGGGUGCUCUGGGAAGUGAUGGAUUCUAUGCCAGGUCACGUGACUACCUUGCAAUUGUCCAGAGGCAAAGAAAGUAAGUGCAGUGUAUCUCUUAAACUUUCACCCUUUCAUUUCCUCUUCAGUAUAAUAUCAAUGGGAGAUGUGGUGGCAUAGUGGUUAGUAAGCUGAACUCUAUGUGGAGAGGUCUGGUGUCAAGACCUGGCUGGGUUAUUAUAGUGUGUUCUUGGGAAAAACAAUUUACUUUCACAGUGCUUCACCCCAACCCAGAGUAUAAAUAGGUAUUGGCAAACUGUUAGGAAAGCCUGAAAUGGUGGUGGGGUAACUUUGCAAUGGACUGGCAUCUCAUCCAGGGGGGAGUAACACUUUCUGCUCUUGAAACCUGGGUGAGCUGCAGGAGCAUGGACCAUUUUGUUCAAUUGAUAUUUACUUAUUUCGCUGCAAUAUCAAUACAUCUCUCCAAUCAGAAAGGUGAUGAGACAAAAUAAGGGGAUAGGUUGUGAUUGAACACAAAAUUCUCAGCACUAAAAUGAUCAGAAGUUGUGGCAGGCAGAGCAGAGAAUAGAUAGUUAGAUCUUUGGCGUGAAAAGCUUGAAUAACAUGAAAUUAAUGAUAAUAUUUUUGGUAAGAUCUUAAUCUGUCCACUUUCUUAUUUUAACUGGACCUAAGCCAAUGCCCUUUUUUCACAGGGGUGUGUGGAAUUCUGUCUUCAUCUCAAGUGUGUUUUUAAUCAAGAAAGAAGUCUUAAAGAAGAUUCAUGGAAGUUUUGGUCCUUCCCAGCUUGAUCCAGAUAUGGCUAUGAGCAAGUUUUUAAGGGAUAAUGUGAGUAAAACAGUAACGAGUCAGCAAUUAGAUGCUCACGAUGUUACCAAGCUAUAGUGCAGCACUGCAAUAUUAUUUUCUUAACAGAUAAAAUUGUGUGUUAAGUAAGUAGAGUACAUCUCUGAGACUGGGAAAGUCCAUUUGAUUGGUCACAAAAGUGAAUGCUGUAGCUACAGAUGGUAUGCUCAAGCCAAACUGUUGAUAUUAAUUUUAUUUGUUUUUGAAAGUUCCAGUGCAGAGCUGAACACAAUUAAAUUUCUAAUAAAUAUUAAUUUAGUGUCGUGUUUCCUUUAGGGAAUUUUCAUGUAUGCCACCAACCUACAUGAAUUUGGCCGCUUGUUAGAGACAGAGAACUACCGCACAGAUCAUCUGCACAACGACCUGUGGGAGUUGUUUGAUAAUAAACUGGUAAGCUCUCAUUCAAUUUUUUGUACUUCCAAUUGGGGUUACUCCAUCAUAGAGGCUCUUUGAGGAUCGGUGGCACUAAAUGGUACGAAUUUGAAUUGCUCUAUAAUGGAAGUAGAACUUAUGAACUUGUGCUAUUUCCAACCCUUCAAACCUCAAGAGUGACGAGCGUCUAAUUUCUCCUCACAAUAAUAUUGCUGAACCAUUCAUUAAGAUGAUGAGAAUUAAGGAAAUGAUCGCUAAUCUGAGAGGCUUUGAUUGUUAAACAAAUUCUCCUUGUCAGUACCAAGCAAAAUGUAUAGAAAAGAGUAUGGAGAAUGUGGAUACUGAUGUCAGGGUGUAAAGGGUUAAACCAUUAGUAUGGUCUCAGAAUAAAAAUGCAGGACAAAAAGUUUAAUUAAGGGCCUCGUUAUGACAUCCGUUUUAUAAUCAUGCAAAUUAAAAUGCUUCCACUUCCAAAACUUAUUACAUACUUUCGCCAAAUGUAUACUUAAGUGAAAUGAAUUCAAAACGAUCUUUGCCAAGAAACUUCUUUAAAAGUGAUCGCUGUGGACAUCUUUCGAAUUUUUGGAACGCUUCGGAGUUUCUCGGGCGUCUUCAGAAAUUAUCUGGUCCUCCACAUAAGUCUCAUAGCGGUCUAACGUUUUUUACCGAAAAGAAUUGAAAGUUUUGUCGUGUGCAUGAGAAAUACACACGACAAAACUUAUUUUAUUCCUGGUAUAAGAGGUUAAGCGAAACAAGUAUUUGAUGAGACAAAUUUGUUCUGAUAACUUCUAGUGGUUACAUUUGAAGGUGGUAUGAUAUGAUGUUGUGAUUAUGUGUUCCAGGACUGGGAAGAGAAAUACAUCCAUCCAAACUAUUCCCAAAACUCAAACCUCAGCAUUGCCAUUGAGGAGGUAAGAACGUUAUUUAUUAUCCAUGCAGAGUGUACUUAUUGGUAACUGACUUUUCCCAGUCAGAAAGGUAACUCGGCGAACAAGCCAGACUCGCAUAUUAUUGCUAGCAUGUGGAAAGAAGCAGUAAGGAGUUCUUGUACCCUCCCUGGGUGGGAUACUGGUCCAUCGCAGCUCAUCUCGUGAGCUAUCCUUCCCCCUCCCCUAGGUGGAGAGUUUUGUCGUUCCCAAGGACACAAUACCAUAACCCAAACCAGGGCUUAACCCUUUAACUCCCAAGAUCUGAUUGUUAAUUCUCCCUUCUAGCUGCUACACUGCUUAACUAGUCAUGAGAAUUUAGUGUUAGUUCAAGAUAAUAACUUCUACCUGACAAGUUUGAGUAUUUUGAAUACCUGUUUGCGGGAUAAUGUUGGAUAUUAAAGGGAGAAAUUACAUGUUCAUCACCUCCGGGAGUUGAAGGGUUAAUCUGGGUGCCCACCUUGUAGGCCACUUCAUCUCUUGCCGUUAUGAAGAAAGCACCUAUCGAAGGAGCUAUAGAUGAAUAUAAUGUAAUUUCAGUCAUAUUGAAGUGAACAAGUAUUGGCCCGCAUACCAGGCUGGAUUGCUUAUGUACUAAUGCAAGAGUUGCUGAGGACCAUGGAAUGUUUAUGGAAACAAAAUACGGAGUAGGCGUUCUGACUCAAAAGUUUACCGUGGCGAUUAAGCGGUUUAGAUAGGGAAGGGAUGGGGAAAAGCUUACAGAGCUCCCCUACAACCAGUUUCGCUAUUUGAUUUCUCCACUAGUCGUUUUAGGUUAGUAGUAACAGCUCUUGGUAGUCAACCUUACUAUGAGGAUCUUUCUAAUGAGACGACGGCCGAAAAAGUAGACUUUCUGUCGUACUUUUUUUUCUAUUUUAACAGGAAGUGUCUUUUCACGGAAGGCAACACUUAGCAUGUUUUUUUUUUAUGAUUGGGCGAUCCCGUGUAGUUCUUACAUUUCGAGAAAAACGUUUUUAAGUCAUAUUUAAUUGAAUGUUUUAUCUUAGCCCUGUCCUGAUGUGUACUGGUUUCCUCUUGUGUCGGAUACGUUUGCCAAGCAUCUCAUUGAGGUAAUGAUAGUUAGGAUGUAGAGAAUAUUUGUAGUAAUAAUAAUAAUAAUAAUAAUAAUAAUAAUAAUAAUAAUAAUAAUAAUAAUAACAGUGAUAAUUUUAACAGUGGCUCAUCGACUAUGUAUCCAUCGCUAAUGGCUUUUGACCUGUUCACUAUUAAAAGUAUAUUUCAAAGUUGCUGUCUGUUUUCGAUUGUUUAUCUUUAAAUUUAUGAAACCGUUACUCGUAAAUGAUGAGUGAAACCAUUUGUCUACUUUCAGUGUUAAUUUUCCUAUAUUUGUUUCCUAGGAAAUGGAAUAUUUUGGUGAAUGGUCAGGUGGAAAACACGAGGUGAUCACUUGCUGCCUGUCUCUUCGACAGUUCUCUGUACUAGACGUCAAUUUGUCACAGAUUUGUGACUGUCAUUGUAUUAAAUGUUUUUUCUCUUUCAUGUCACAUUCUUCUUAGGACAAGCGACUGUCAGGAGGUUACGAAAAUGUACCAACAGACGAUAUUCACAUGAACCAGGCGCGUAUCUCUCAUUACUACUUUACGGUUUCAUUCUCUUCAUCAAGGAGGUGGCGUGGCCGAGUGGUUAGGGUGCUAGACUUGUAAUCUGGUGGUCCCGGGUUCGAGCCCGCCACCCUACCAUGUAUUUGAUUUGUUCUCGGUCACCUCCAGUUGAACUCAUCAGCUGUGCUGUGUAAAUAGCCAACUGGUCUGCCUCCUGCCAGUUGGGAUUAAUUUUUUUUAGCACUUUAUGUUGGUUUCAGUCAUCGUAAAGUGCUAUUGGAUACCGAUAGAAAUAGCGAUAUAUCAGUAAAGUAUUAUUAUUAUUAUUAUUAUUAUUAUUAUUAUUAUUAUCAUUAUUAUUAUCAAGCAAGAUAGUAAUCUAAUAAUCUUUGCCAUUUCUCUGGCCUGGCUCUUUUCAGGGUCUGUUGGCGUAUUGAAAGCUCUGCAAACCCCCCCUUGAAAUAGAGGUUCCAUUGUUCUUGCAAUAGCAAGAAAUAGGCAGAGUCGACAUAAAACCGACGAUGAGCUCGGGAAACUGAAAAAAAAAUCGAGUAGCAUGAUAAGGAGCCAUAGUUCACCGAUGCUGGAUGCUGGGAAUGCAACCCUUGUCAUUCGCGGUUAAAGUGAGGCCGCAAUAACAUCUUUUUCAGCAAUCCACCUGCAUUGUUAUUUUAACGUCCAUAAAUCAAGGGGAUUUUAUCCCGCCUUCAUUUGUAUUACUUAUAUUGUCUUUUUUUUGUCUGCAGAUUGGCUACGAGAGACAUUGGCUUCACUUCCUCAAGGAAUACAUUGUACCCGUGAAUGGAAGACUUUAUCCAGGGUACCACUCUGAGGUAAGAAAUUAUGGCAACCCCUAGACACUCUAACAUCAGCAUGCUUGUUCUCUAUGCUAUUUCUUAAGGUAAUGGCGAUCAUUUCCCUUAUUCUCGUUAGCUUAAUGUUUGAUUCAGCGAUGAUACUUUAAAGAGAAAUUAGAUGGUAGUCACUCUUAGAAGUUAUAGGGUUUGAUACGCGUAGAGUAGAAAACGAGUUUUGUGAGGUCUCGGUGAGCAAAUGUGUCACGCCAUGGAAUUGAUUUUGACAUUACAGUAAAGCUUGCACAACAGAGUUGAUUUGAUGACUGAAAGCCAGUUUUUGAUUCGCUCGACAGUUGGUACUUCCCGAAGUCUUGUCGAACACAGUGCGUAUCGGCCAGAAAAACGUCGACUUGCUCCCCACUUCAUACAGUGUAACUUAAACAUUUUUAUUCUGUCUUUCAGGCUCGUUCUAUCAUGAACUUUGUGGUAAAAUACGAUCCAAACAGGCAGUAUUAUCUUAGACCGCAUCACGACGCUUCUACAUACACAAUCAACAUCGCCCUAACAAGGCCAGGAAAAGACCAUGGGGUGAGAAUUAUCAAUUUUCGUUGGUCAGUAACCCUGAGAGAUCUCAUACUGAUAAAUUACCUCACACUGUGUCGCCAAUUUUAAAAUAACACUAUCCAUCUUGAAUUUCUGAGGAUAUCCGGGAUUACAUUGGAUUUGCUUCCUUGUAUCCUGUGAUUGGCACGAAAAACUUGCACCACUCUCUCUUAACCAAUCAAAAACAAAACUAAAACCAUUUGCGUCUAAAUCACUCACGUUCUUCUGCGCUUCAAGCUGUGUACAUGUUUUAAAGUUUACUUUUUAUUGGUUCCUUGAAAUAUUUUCCUAGGGAUAUUUUCUACGAGUGUUCGUUUUGGUUCCAAACGUGGUGACUCGUUUUUCAUCAAUCAAGCAGUUAGCGCAUGAACGCAGAAAUAAGGCAACUCAAACCAUUUCCGAAUUUUUAACAGCAACCUACGCAAUAUUAAAUUCUGUGGCUACUUAUAAUGUCAUAGUUUGGUCGUCAUGCUAAGGUCUAUUUUUUCAUUUACAGGGCGGGGGAUGCAGAUUUUUGCGCUAUAACUGCCAAGUGACAGAUACCCGUAGAGGCUGGUCGUUUAUGCACCCGGGAAGACUCACUCAUUACCAUGAGGGGCUGCCUGUAACAUGGGGGAAGCGAUAUAUUAUGAUAUCAUUUAUUGACCCUUGA